AGCCCUCUCCUCUGCUACAACAGAGCACUGCGGACUCGCAGCAAGACUUCCAUGGCUCUUGAGUAGCUCAGGCCGUUUGAAGGCAUGCAAAAAAGAAGACAUAACUCCUAAAUAUCAGGCGUGAUGGCAUCUUACCACGGCUUAGAGGAUGACGCCAUGGCUUUGAUGGCGCACGACGGCGAGCCGGUGAAGGCCGAGAGCUUCACCAAAGACGAGCAGACAACGCAGGAGGAGCAGGGCGCCGGGGGCAAGACGGACCCGUCCCAGAAACCUCCGUACUCGUACGUGGCCCUCAUCGCCAUGGCCAUCCGCGAGAGCUCGGAGAAGCGGCUCACGCUGAGCGGCAUCUACCAGUACAUCAUCAACAAGUUCCCUUUCUACGAGAAGAACAAGAAGGGCUGGCAAAACAGCAUCCGCCACAACCUGAGCCUCAACGAGUGCUUCAUCAAGGUGCCGCGCGAGGGCGGAGGCGAGCGCAAGGGUAACUACUGGACGCUGGACCCGGCCUGCGAGGACAUGUUCGAGAAAGGGAACUACAGGCGGCGGCGGCGGAUGAAGCGGCCCUUCAGGCCGCCCACGGCCUCGCACUUUCAGCCGGGCAAGGCCCUGUUCGGUGCUGACGGCUACGGCUACCUGCCCGCGCCUAAGUACAUCCAGACGGGCUUCAUGAACGGCACCUGGUCGCUCGGGCAGCCGCAGCCUCCGCCGCCGCCUCCUCCGCCGCCGCCGCACGUGACCUACGCGCCUUGCCAGAUGGGCAACGGCGGGGCCGGAGGAGCCGGAGGAGGCGGCGGAGGAGGAGGUGAUGGAGGUGGAGGAGGAGGCGCGAGCGUGAGCCCCCUGGCUGUCAAAGGCCUCACGGCUCCGGCCUACAGCCCGUACUCCCGCAUGCAGGCCGUGGGGCUGCCCAACGUCAUGAACUCGUACAACGGCAUGAGCCACCACCACCACCACCAUCCUCAUCACCACCCGCACCACCCUCAUCAUCCUCAGCACCAGCCCGCCGAGCUCUACUCGUACUGGGAGCACGAGGCCAAGCACUCGGCGUUGCACGCGCGGAUUGACAUUUGAGGGAGGGAAAGAGAGAGAAAGAUUGACCAAAGCGGAGCGGUGCUCAGUUACUCUUCAACGCCUCCGGGUCGAAUUCGGUUUCUGGUUGU